GUCUACUCCCAACUUCUCAAGCUUUUCACAUACUGUGCAUUAACGCUGCGUACUAUUUUACUACCCACCAGCUAGUGUGCUCAAGUAAAGGCAAAGCACGGUCAUCGUACAUGUACAACAACAGGCCGCUUGUGUUUAUUUCCUUUAGUCUAAUUGCAAUGCAAACCAUGUCUCCACUCCGCAGUACGUCUUAAAGCGUUGUUUAAAAUAAGUUGUGAUCCACAAGGCGUAAAAGGUGUCCAAAUAUACAUCGUGAUGUUACAGGAGCUUGAUUUAACUCUGACGUUAAUGCACGUGUCGCCGUGGCUUUUUAACGUGUAAUAUUAUUAUUGCUCUGGGCGUUAUUGACUUAAAAACUGUGGGUGAACGUAGGUUGCGUAGUCAAGUGACUAAAAUGUUUACCUGCCUAACGAGGUUUGCGUAAAGUAAAAUUAAAAACAGAAAUAACCAAGUCGUGCAACUAAAAACGAAAGCUAUAACCUGAUAUAUAUAAAAUGCGAUGAGGGUUUGUAGCGUUUCGCUGCAGCUGGCUUGCGAGCAGAUUGUGUUUCUUAUAUCAGCAGCUUUCCGGAGCUAACGUUAGCCAGCGCAUUAAUUUCCACGCAGUGUGUAACACAAAGUGACGGCGUUUAGCGAGACAUUUAUCUUGCAGGUUGUUGGUGGACGUUUGGUAGACGCGAUGAUGGGGUUGCAGAUUUAUUUAUUUAUUUAUUUUUGGAUGAUACGAGUAGACAGACACACCGAUCGUAUACGUGGUCUGCGCGGAAGCUACAGAUAAUUUUACGAUUAUGAAAUAACGUUAUUACACUUGUACGCUCCUUGGACACAGGCGCCAGCCUCCCUAUUAUUUAAAUGUGCAAAUGUUUUGUAAACACCAGGAAGACAUUUUGGUGAUUACGUUAUGCUUGGCUAACGUUGGAUGUGGACAUUUUUUGUCGCAUCUCUGGCUAGACAGUUUAUAGAAACCUGGUGCUGUAAUGCGUGUGAAUUAAAGUUACGCAUUCACUAACGUUACUUAAUUAAUUUCCUCCCUUGUAGCAUGUUAUGGUCGGUGUGUUUGAAGCAGAAUGGGCGGUUUUAGGGAGAUGAAUUGCAUUGCAUAAUCUGCUUCGGAAAUACCAACAUGGCGUAGUGCGCGCUGACUAGAAACUGCGGUGAAAUACUGAGCCCCCAUUCAUCUGACCUGCAGACGAUACGCGGAGACGCAGCCCGCUUUUAUCCUCUUGUAUUAUUUGAAAGGAGGCUUUUUAAAAAAGUGUCAUAUACAGCCGGUCCGUGUGAAUGUCAUGUUAACGCUGAAACCAUACAUCAGGGCGUUUUGUUCUCUUUUUGCGUGUUUAAUUUGAUAAUCUAUUUUGCUGGGAAUAUUAUUUGGUAAAUUGGAAAUGUUUAAUAUGUACUGCUGAAAUUGACACAGGAACCUUGUCAGGAUGACAUCAUGUGCUUUGGACUAAUGCUGGGGCCUAAAUCCACCUACUUACACUGCCUGUGUUGAACCCUGCUGCACACUGACUUGCCAGGGCACAUGUAGGGCAGUGGGGUUUGGACAAUUUGCAUUGGCUUUUCCUGUUUCUUCCUCUCAGAAUUGAAUUCCAAAGCUUAUUCCAUAAAGAGGAGCCUUGCUGUCCUCAGGUGGGGCGGUAAGCGGGUGGUGUGGAGCAGGCCGCGGUGCCCGUCCCUCUGCACUGCAUGGCUGCGAUGGCGCCCGCUCUCACCGACGCCCCAGCCGAAGCUCACCACAUCCGCUUCAAACUGGCUGCCCCAUCUUCAAGUCUCUCACCGGCCAGUGCAGAGAACAACGGUAACGCCAGCAACAUCCUUAUCCACAGCAGCGGCCCCGCCAAGUGUAAAGCCGCCUCCGAAGAGUGCCCUCUUGACUUUUGUGGCGGCGACCAGGAACAGCAGCAACAGCAGCCCCAAGCCGACUCUGUGGCUCAGGCCUCGGCCCUGGGCAAACUCCAGCCUCUGGUGGCUUCUUACCUAUGCUCUGAUGUGACACCUGUCCCGUCAACUAAGGAGUCAAUAAAGCUGCAAGGAGUCCUCAUCAAACAGUCUGUGCUAAAAGGUCACAGAAUACUGCCCAGCUCCCUGCUCAACGGCGGAGGAGACUUCCUGUUGAGGAAGAGGCAGGCGAUAGAACUGUCUGGCGGCCAGCUCAAAAGCCUCAUGAGUGGCAGCACCAACGGCGGUGGCCAGCCCAUGGCACCUGUCAAUGGUCUGGCCAAGAAGCUGGCCACUAUGUCCGGCCCUGGCUGUGUGGUGGCAGUGAAUGGUGACAAGUCUUCUGCCACCACAGACUCUCAGUCCCAGAACCUGCCCUUGGACUCUGAGACCUUUACAGCUACCCUAUCAGGGCUUAUCCCGGUGAAAGGAACCCUUAAGCAGAAGCAUUCCUCUGGGGUUUCUCAAAAUACAGAUGGAAAAAAUCCUGAACCACCAGUGCUUCAGUCGGCUGCACAUUCCCCCUUUACACAUGACAACCCUAACCCCACUGAACAGGUGAAUUUGGAGGAGGCAGAUUCACACAUGCCUACUAGUCAGCCACAGGGUUCUGAUAGGGAGAGACCAGGUAGCAGCCAGCAGGGCUCCCCGUCUUGCACAACAGCACCACAGCCUCCUCUACCCUGUAGUUCUUCCUCAGACAGCCUUGAUGCUCACAUUAGGGAGCGCACCCUUCUCAACAGCAGCCGCCAAACAGAGAUUGAAAGCCGGCUGCGGCGCCUGCGCAAACGCCUUCAGGUUGUACAGGCCAAGCAGGUAGAGCGGCACAUUCAGCAGCAGCUGGGUGGCUUCUUGGACUCGGCUCUCAACAGGCUACUGGCUGGCAACCGCAAAUCCGAGACCGCAACCCCUACAGCUACGUGGAGGACUGGACGCCACUCUUCCUCUAACAACAGAGACAGCCUCAGUCGCUUCCUGAAAAGCGGCUCAAUGCCCCUUGAACUGGAGAGGCUGUAUCUGAGCGGAUCAGCCAACCUUCAUUCAGCAGAAAGCGCCUUUGACUCAGAUGUAACAGAAAGUAGCUCUGGAGGGGACUCUGAUCUGGAGGAGGAGGAGCUGGCCAGAGUUGACAUUGAGCAGCGACAUGUCAAAAUAUGGAAGCGGGCAGAGAGCCGCUACACCGUGGAGAGAGCUGCAAUCAUCAGCCACUGGAACUGGCUCCAGGCCCACAUCUCGGACUUGGAGUACCGCAUCCGACAGCAGACCGACAUCUACAGACAAAUCCGCGGCAGCAAGGGCUCGGUAGAGUUGGGAGGCGUUGCUCCCAGCGCUGUGUCUGCAGGUGGGACAGAAGUGAAGACAGAGCCUGUAAAUACCCAGGAUGUCGGUUCAGAACGGCUGGAGCACACAGGCACCGCCCACAUCCCCAACACAGAAGCCGGCCCUUGGAAAGGUCAAAACGCACAACCAGUCAACGGCGUCCUCAGCAGGAUGGCAGAGAGUGCAGACACCAAGCACCAGCAGCCGUUAUCCUAUGACAGCACAUGCGUGGCUGCGCGCACACGACCGCUGGUGAGCUGUCGACGACGGCGGCUCAUUCAGCCCAACACCGUGCCCAACGUUAACGGCAAGGCCCAGAGAAGCAGCUGCGUCCAGUGUAUCUGCAGGGUUAACCCCAGCUGUGUGAUGUGUGGUGGCUGGCCCACCCCCAGAGAGGAUCCUCAGUAUGAUCUGCCCACCCUGGAGCGCCUGUCAAGACUGGAUCUUGGCGUCCACCCCAUCCUCUCCUUCCCUGAUGACGUUUGUAUAGGCCUACGUCUGCAGCAGGUGAUGAAGAGCCAGUGGCAGACCAAGUCACUGGAGAGGAGCAAACCACUGAAGAAGCUCUCCCUCAAACACAAGCUGUCCUCGUCCAAAGAGAAGCACAAGUUCACCAACUCACUUAUGGCAGUCAGUGUUGCAGGACUGGGCCACUAUAAGAACCGUGCUGAGAAGCCGAGGACAGUGGACAGCAGUGGGGGCAGCAGCAGUGCUGUUGUGAACACGGCCAGGCUCGAGGGCCCGGCCGUGUGCAAGACUGAGCGGCUGCAGGCUCUCUCCACCCCGUUAGGGCCUUUCGACAAGAACUACAGCCGCAAGAGGUUAAGAGAGCACUCGCUGGACAGGACUGACACCUCCCCUAAACUUUUCAUGGACUCGAGCAGCCCCUGCCCAUCUUUGGCCAACAUACACUCGUCCCUUCACAGCCCCCUCACACGCCAGCUGUCCACGUCUUCAGAGAACUCCACACCACUGGGCGCCAGCAGCCAGAGCAUCCUGAGCACACCUCAGCAGCCCAUCAAGAGGAGGCGAGGUGAAAGCUCCUUCGACAUCAACAACAUAGUAAUCCCCAUGUCUGUGGCGGCCACCACCAGAGUGGAGAAGCUGCAGUACAAAGAGAUUCUCACACCCAGGUGGCGAUCCGUGGACAUCUUCUCCCAGCAGAUAACUGAGGAGGAAGAUGAUAGGGAGGUGGAGGACCUGACAGAUGCAGCCUUCACCAUGCUCCAUCAGCCCUAUGAGGACCAGGAGCGUUCCCGCUGGACUUGGAUGGCCCUGGCUCCUGCUAAGAGGAGGGGCAGCAGGUCGUACAAAUCUGUUGACGGGCGAACCACGCCGUUGCUGUGCGGGACCAACCCUCCCACCCCUCAGCCUGCGUCCCCAGACCCAGGCCACUGCCCCAUGCUCCACGACUACAGCCACGUGCCGUCACCGAUGAGUCCAGCCAGUCCCGACACCACCUCCAACCCCCACACACCCUGCUCGAGGGACUCCCAUCGGCUGCUGUCCAGCGAGGACACGAGGUGCUCUACGCCGGACUUCACCUUUGAAGAAAGGACGGUAGCGCCGUGGGAACGUCGCAGCUUCCCCUUGCCAGAGGACCCGGCCCCGGAGCCAGAGGCGGAGACCGACCACAUCAGGCCCAGAAUGCGCAGCAUCUCAGGUUGCAGAGCAACAGCCUACGGACGGCUCGAUUCGGACGACAUGGAGCUGCCUUGUGAGGACGAGGGCGGCCCCAAACACAAGGCCUCAACCCACCGAUGAAUGACUGACAGGCUGAGGUCUCCCCCCCCCAUCCCCUCCCCCACGUCCCGUCCCCCGCCCACAGCUCUUCUCUGGCAUUAACAAGCAGAACCUCAAAGCAGAAUAAGAUAUUAAAUGGGUUCCUGUUGUUUGAUAUUCAAACAUCAGUCUAAUACUUUUCACAGUUUUUAGUGAACAUUAUGGAGAUAGAAGCCUUUCCCUACAUUUGUUUUUGUCACAGGAAAAAAAAAGGAUAAAUGUAAAAAAAAAAAAAGUAUAAAACAACACAUUACAAAAAAUGUUUUCUGUAGUAGGCUAAACAAUGUACAUGGGGGCUUAGUGGUGUUUCAUACGUCGCGUGUACACUUGUAGCGCACUAUGUAGCGGACUCCUCAAAAUAUGGCCAAAGGGUGUUUUCUAUUGACUAGUUUGCUUGUAAUUCCCAUGUACAUUUUUAGUGGAGUGACAAAUAACAAAAGAAGAAAAAAAAAAAGCCCCUCCCCCAUCCAAAUAACAGGUACAUUUGAGAUGUGGUUCCCUUCUUCUCCCUCUAGAGGUCGCCUGAAAUCACCAGAGCACUUCUCCAACUGCCAAUUCUAGUUUUGUCGGUUUGCUUUCUUUGUUUUUUUUUUUUUUUUCUCAUUCCUGACAUGUUUUAUUUGUGUCUGUUCUGUCUGUUCCAGCGUAACACAUUCUUUGUGGUGUUUGUUUUUUUUGUUUUUUUUUUCAAAUAGUAAAUCAUUCCUUCUUACAGUCUCUUCGGAGAGAGUCCAGCUCCCGUCUCUUCUCGCCCCGCAGUCUCUCGACACUCGGUUCUGUUUUUAAAGAGGUUGAUGGCAUAGAGAGGACUGGGGUGUCUUUUGAGCACUUGCCCUGUUGAAGGCGCUGCUGCAUGCUGAAAAAAACAUGCUGAUGUUAGUCUUAUCCCAACAGCACACACGGUGAGGUUUCCACUUAAAUGAAGUAACAAAUCGCAGGUGAUGGGGAUGAGUGUACCAUCUGCUAAUUUCACUCCGUUCCUCUUCGCGUACAGUCGUUGCUGUUAAAUUGUGGCAAAAUAAAGACAUAACACAAUUACCCCUUCACCACCUACUUUCUUUUUUCUGGUUCAGCUUGAUAAGAUUUCUCUUUCAAAUGUAGCAGCUCUCAGCUAGAAGCCACCCCAAGCUCAGGUUUUUCAAUUUAAGGGAAUAUUUUUCUGCUGUUUUAAUAGUUUCACUCUCAGAUUUAUCAAAUCUAGACUACUCUAUUGUGAGAUGGAUUUUGUUUUGACACCACACAAUGUCAUAACCACACUCUUAUCUUGCCCUCUCCCCUUCCCCUUAAGUAACUAAUUGCUAUGCAAAAAAAAAAUCUAUGGUUGUUUUCAUUUUACACCACCUUUUUAUGCCACAGCCAUUCAAUCACCAUUUUUUUUUUUCUUUUUGUAGUUAAGCAAGAUGUCAAUGUACCUGUUCGAUUGUUGCAGCAGUUAACCUAAUCAAAAAGCAGAAUUGUUUUUUCUUUUUUGUAAAUAGUACCAUUAAAACAUUUAUGUUUAACUUGG